CAAGUUUGGGAGGCUCCUCCGGCUGCCGUCAGCUGACCGGCGGCAGUCACGUGAUCUCCUGGUGCGGGAGCGAGCCGGCGGCAGCGGCGGGUUUGUGGUGCGGGGGAGAGGGGCCGGGUCGCAGAGAGCGGGGCUGCAGCGGACAUGGCCUGGACCAAGUACCAGCUCUUCCUCGCGGGUCUGAUGCUGGUCACCGGCUCCAUCAACACCCUCUCGGCCAAGUGGGCUGACAAGCUGAAUGCUCCUGGCUGCAGCAGAACUGCCGCAUACAGCUUCCAGCAUCCCUUCCUGCAGGCAGUGGGCAUGUUCCUGGGGGAGUUGACCUGCCUGGCUGCCUUCUACCUCCUGCUGUGCAGUGACCGGCGGAAGCCGGAGCCCACCAUGGCCUCUCCUCACUCCUUUAACCCGCUACUUUUCCUGGCUCCGGCACUGUGUGACAUGACAGGGACUAGCCUCAUGUAUGUGGCUCUGAACAUGACCAGCGCGUCUAGCUUCCAGAUGCUGCGAGGAGCCGUGAUCAUCUUCACGGGGCUGCUGUCGGUGGCCUUCCUCGGGCGGAAGCUGGUGUUAAGCCAGUGGCUGGGCAUUCUGGUCACCAUCGUGGGCCUGUUGGUGGUUGGGCUGGCAGACCUGAGCAGCAGCAGUGGCCAGACCCACAACCUCAGCGAGGUCAUCACAGGUGACCUCCUAAUCAUCAUGGCUCAAGUGAUUGUCGCCAUCCAGAUGGUGCUAGAGGAGAAGUUUGUCUACAAGCACAAUGUCCACCCCCUACAGGCUGUCGGCACCGAAGGGUUCUUUGGUUUUGUCAUCCUGUCUGUGCUGCUGGUGCCCAUGUACUACAUCCCUGGGGGCAGCUUCAGUGGCAACCCACGGGGGGUGCUGGAAGACGCCCUUGACGCCUUCUGCCAGAUCGGCCACGUCCCGCUCAUUGCGGUGGCCCUGCUGGGGAACAUCAGCAGCAUUGCCUUCUUCAACUUUGCCGGCAUCAGCGUCACCAAAGAGAUCAGCGCCACCACCCGGAUGGUGCUCGACAGCCUGCGCACUGUGGUCAUUUGGGCCGUCAGCCUGGCCGUGGGCUGGGAGGCCUUCCACGGGCUGCAGGUCCUCGGCUUUCUCAUCCUCCUUGUUGGCACCGCCCUUUACAACGGGCUGCACAAACCCCUCCUUGCCCGCCUGCCCUGGGGGAGGUCACUGGCGGAUGUCCCAGGCACGGAUGCAGAAAGAGAAGGCCUCUUGCCUGCAGGAGCAGCUUCCAUUAAUGGGGACAGCUGAUUGCAGUGGAACCCCCCCUGACUGCUCUGGAACUUUGUUGGGCCUGUUGGACAGGCCGGUCAGUGUUGCUGGGACCUGCAGACUGGACCAUGAGAGUGGCUUUGGGAUGCACGCUUGCGCUUGGGGGGUGUUCUGCUUCACCUUAAAAUUUUGGAUGCUGCUCCACCAUUGGGCUGCUUUGCUCACUGUAGAAAGAGCAGCUGAGGUGCCCAUUGCAACCACAAAGGAGAACCUCCACUCCCCAAGCUGUUGCUGGACUGCAGCUCACAUCAUCCCAGACCAUUGGCCAUGCUGGCUGGGGUUGAUGGGAGCUGGACUCCAGUAUCAACUAGAGGUGAACGGUUCCCCACCCCUGCUUUAAGGGGUCACUAGGUGUGUGAGGUCUGCCUGUGGUUGGUUGGUUGGUAGGAAACCAUCUAAAAUCUGCCUCUACGCAUCAGAAUUGGCACUGGGGGGGCACAUCGUGGUAGCUCCCACUGCAUCCACCCAGUACACCUUUCUUGUUAGGCAAGUGUGAGGAACCUUUGACCCUCCAGAUGUUGCUGAUGAAAACAUCUGAAGGGCACCAGGUUGAUGCUGUGCUCUGACCCUUGCCCACCUGCCAACAUUGGCUUUUUCCCUAACCCUCCCUCCUGCUACAACAGGUGUGGGGAACCUUUGGCCUUCCAUCUUCCCUGGCCGUUGGUCAUGUUGGCUGGGACUGAUGAGCGCUGGCGUUCAGCAACAUCUGGAGGGCCAGUGGGUCCCUCCACACACGAGUGCUAAAAACUUCCCCAAGGGGAGCAAAUGAGCAUGUCCCUUUAAGGUCUCCUGUUGAUCACACUUUGUGGCUCUCCAGGAGGCAACUCUUCAGAGCAGGCCCCUUUCUCUGACGUUGUGGGUCUGUGAGCUGCUUGGCUCGCUGCUAACACUUGCACGGGUGAUGCAGGGUGCAGUCAGGCGCGAUCUGAGAGUUCUCUGCCACAUGGCAGAGGCACUCUGGGACAUGCCUCUCGCAUCCGCUUUUGGGUGAACGCCACUCUGGCUGGUAAAACUCUUUAGGGAGAGCCUCUGAAGUGGGGCUGCUUAUACUAUGGAUCAUGUCACUGCAAUCCAGGGCUCUGAGAAAGGGAACACCCCAUGCAUGCCCAUGUAUAUGAUGACGCUGCUUUACCCACCUUUGCAGGGAGGUUGUCUCUGCUUUUUACUUAGGACUGGAGCUCAGAGAUGGGGGCCGACAGGAAUCCUGGAGUGCUUUAAAGAGCUGUAACUGCAGGCUGAGGUGGCUGCUUCACCCUUCUUCCGUCUACCUGUCUGUGGCACAUGGUGGAUUAAUUCCCCUCUGUCUUGGCAGCAGGGAGGAGCUGAGAGUUCACAUCUCGACCCACUUCCAGCCUCAUCACUCUGGUGUGGGGUCUGUGAAAGGCAUUGCUCUCCUGACCGUGAGCUUGGGAACUCCUUGCCACUGUUUCAGCAAGACUAAUGUGAGUGCAGACGCCCUGGCGGGCCGAAGGGAGGAGAGAGGCCUCUCUGGUGUUGGUUUGGGGUCUCAGUUGUACAGAGGGUGCCCCUCUUUUCCCAGGGCAUUCGAGGCAAGGCCAUAGAAAGCGUGCAGCUGGAUGUACAGACUAUGCAGCCAGGACUCUCCUUCUUAGAUGCUGGGCAGGCCCUAACCCGUGGACCCCUUUGCUGCUACGGAUGCUGAGCAUAUUGGGGUAGGGGAGAGGGAGGGGUGGAUUUGCCCUUGUCUUGGGAAUAUUAGCAACAAUACAUUGAUUUACCAAUAAAAACAGACUGAUUGGAAAUGCU